AUGAGUAAGAAGUUGCGUGCAAGAAACUUGGUUGAUAAUAUUAUAGAACAAGUUUUUGGUACAAAUAUUAUGAUGUACAUGAACUAUAUGUAUUGUAACCGUUUUUAUGAGACUAAAUGGAUAAGUCUACUACAAAUUACAAAUAACAAUACACUUACACAAAUGGUAAAUACGCUGCAUACUAUCCAAUCAACCGCAGCCGUGGAGCCCGCCUUGUUCACCACGUUAAAUACUCGAACGCGGAGGCAAUAUGGGGAACCUGUUUUAAGCCGGACAGUGAUGCAUGAAUCGCCCCGUCUGUACUGUGCCCCCAGUGGAGGAACUCUGUGCUACUUUUCAUCAGCACAGAAUCAUAGAAUAAUUUCUUUAUCUUUUAUUCUGAAGAUACCAAGGAACCUUGAAGAAAAAGCUAUCAUAUUAAGCGAUUUAGUCCAAACAGAUCACGAAGAAAUUUUUGAAUAUUAUGACUUUAUUUGUCCCAUAAAAAGUGAUUAA